AAUGGCAAUCAACACAGAUACCCAAUAUAAAGAGACACUUUUGGGUGGAAGCGGCACGACUUUGCCCAGCGACUCCCAAGAAACAGAGAAACUCCUAACCCACACCUCGGAGCCCAAGUCGGAGAAUGGGAUCAAGAUUUCCAGCUCCUUCUCGGUUAACGUGUCCGGGGAGAAAUCUCACGACCUGGACCACAAUGGACACGACAUACAGUUCAAGUCGGGGUCCGCGGUUCAGCUCUCAGGAGGGCCGCUGUCCCCGUCCAGGGUGAGCCUGACCAGGGCUUCCUCUAGUGGGAAUACCGCGCAGGACCAAUCCGCACCCAGUGAUUACCUUUUCCUGGCAAUAUUUUCCUGCUUCUGUCCCAUAUGGCCGGUCAACAUAGUCGCGCUGGUUUAUUCAAUCAUGUCCAGGAACAGCCUGCAGCAGAAUGACGUGGACGGGGCAAGGAGGCUGGGCCGCCUGGCUAGACUGCUGAGCAUCGUCUCCAUAGUGCUGGGAACCAUGAUCAUCACUGCCUACUUAGUCUUCACAGUGUACGGCAGUGUGUAGUGAGGACCGCUGGACAGACGGGAGGAGGCGUCCGACCUUUUUCAAAUGUUUUGUAAAAAUACAACGGAAAGUUGGUGAGAUAAAAAAAGAAGACAUUUCCGCGUGGUAGAAAACCCAGCUCAGUAGAGGGGAAAAAAAAAAAGAAACGACAAUAUCUGGUUUCUUGAAAACAAAAGAAAUGCAUGCACCAAUAGUUAACGACUGCUUGAAGCAAAACCCACAAAAUAUAUUUACAAAAAAAAAAAGAGACUACAAAUUGAACAUUACCAAUGACCUGGUUUGUAAGAGAGAGCGAAAGCGCGCUGCUGGAGUCGGAGACGGUCUUCAAGCACAACGCGUUUGGAAGACGGAGAACGGGAAACGAAAACGUCAUUGCUCAAAAACUGGGAUUCUGGAAACCACUGCGAAGGAGGGAUUCACAGCUGGGUCAGAGAGGCAAGCCCGUACAGCUUCCAAACACUUCGAGAGGGUGCAAGGUUUCAAAUGUAUUCAUUGUCUUCAACUCAUUUUCUUCUUGCACUAAACCUAUAUAGAUAGAUAAAUAUACACACCUUAUAUAUCUAAACGUGUAUGAAAUUGUGACAUGAUCUGUAGGGUCCCGGGCAGAGAGAGAGUUACGGAAUUCUCCAAACGAAUAGAUUUGAAAUGGAACUACUGUGCAUUCGUCUUUUGGGGGCGGGGCUUUUUUUGUAUGUUUUUGAUGGAAAACAAAACUUGACCACCCGCAUGCUUCUUGUUCUAAUUGUAUAUAUAUAUAUAUAUAUAUAUAUAUAUAUAUAUAUAUAUAUAUAUAUAUAUAUAUAUAUAUAUAUAUAUAUACACACACAUAUACACACACACUAUGGGCUGUUUAAAGCGGGGCCACGGCACCCAAUUGAGUCCGUGCACUUUUCAAUCAGCUACGACCCCUGCGACGCAAUUACUUUCUUAACGCAAAAUAAUGUUCACAACUUUAAUGUCGCGUUUUAAGUUCUGUACCCGGUUAGUUACUACAUCAGCGCAUCCGCUAAGUGUGAACCACAGCACCGUUAUGUAGCCCUGCGAUUACCAGACACUAUAACACAUGACAUUACAGAACUGCUAUGUUUAGAGCAGCGCUGUCAUUUUGAAAUACUGUGUCUGUGUCUGUGUGUGUGUGUAUAUGGUUAUUUAUGUUCCUUAUAUAGAAACACCCAUUUGCAAGUCGUUCUGCUCUUUUGAAAUUCACGCAGGGGUGGGUAAAACAGGUUCCAAUCCAGGUCUUUGUUCCACACGUGUCCUAAAUUGCUUAUUUAAAUCAAUUUGAACGCCAUCCAGGUCCUGCAGUUGUUCACUAUUGAUUUAUGCUAUAAAACCUGGAGUGGAAUUGCCCUCUGUGACCGGAGUUGCUCACCCCGACAUGCUCUGAGUCUGUAAUUAAGUGUUUGUUUAGUUAAGAACAUAAGAAAGUUUACAAACGAGAGGAGGCCAUUCAGCCCAUCUUGCUCGUUUGGUUGUUAGUAGC